AUUAAAUUAAAUUAAAUUAAAUGUAUCCGUUUUUCUUUAAGCUACUAGUUCUCAUUGGUCUUUAUUUCCUCUACAAGUACUCUUUCUCCACCGAAUCAGCUACUACUGACAUGUCAAAUAAAGACGCCAAACAAGACGACAAAAGCAACUACGAUCCUGAAAAUUUAAUCAUUAAUAUGGGAGGAAAACAAGUUCCAUUCAGCGAGAUCAACAAACCUCAUAAUGUUGUUCUUGAACCAAAACAGCACAAACCAGUUGUGUCUGCUGAUGCAUUCCCAGACAUUGAACCUGAAGCUAAGCAAAGAGAAGAAGAACUUGCUGCCAAACGUAACAUCUUGGAUCCAAACAUUCACAAAGAACAGGUGAACCCAGACACUUUUCCUGACGUUGAGCCCGAAGCUAAGUUGAGAGAAGAGCAAUUGGAAGCUGAGCGCAAGAAGAACGAUUGAGUUUUGAAUUUAGCGAUUAUAUAUGUUGAAUGUAUACUUUAUUUUU